AUGGAGAUGCCAAUACUACCUGUGCAUAGCCACCAUUGCGAUGAAGGAGGACAAGAGCUUGGCUUUGUGGUUCCUGAAUCGAAUGCAUUUGGCAGAGAUUUCAGGUCUUAUUAUACAGAAGGUGAACAGAAGUCAGUUGUUGAAGAGACUUACUGUAAAAAUCAUGCCUAUCAGACAUUUGAAUCGGUGCAGAGAAUGAGAGAAAAGCAUCUGUGCUUCAAUAAAGGAGAGAUGGGUAUCUGGGAAUGCGCAGAGUUAUUGAAUGACAUCGUGGAUGAGAGUGACCCCGAUCUGGAUGUGCCUCAGAUCGAGCACCUCCUGCAAACUGCAGAAGCCAUUAGAAAAGAUUAUCCUGACCAAGACUGGUUUCAUCUCACUGCCUUUAUUCAUGACUUGGGCAAGGUUUUGCUUCAUCCCAAAUUUGGCCAGUCACCUCAAUGUGCUGUGGUCGGCGAUACAUUUCCAGUCGGAUGUCCAUUCGUUAAAUUCAAGUAUGUGUGA